AUGCCUGCUUUCGAUCACCGCUACGCCUUCCAGUGCGUCCUCACAGGAAAGCAGGGCACCGCAGAGGAGCCACUUGUGAGCACAAUUCACAUGCCAAGGACGUGGCCGAAGAAGGCAGAGAUCUACAUUGUGCGGACAGAUGGCAUGUCAUGCUCGCGAGAGACCGUGAGAGCUUCGGGUUGCUUGUCAUUUGCCCACCCCAGCACACAGCAGCAGCUGCUCGUAUGGAGGGAGCGGCCCAGAUGCGUGCUGGUGUUGAAGAAGCUGGGGGACGAGCAGUGGGACAGUUACCUGCGCGUGCUGCGCUACUUGGGAGCCGAGGAGGGCAUGCGCGUCAUUGUGGAGCCCCAUGAGUACCUGAAGCUGGCCCAGCAGAGCGACCUUGACUUCGUGGACACCUACAACCAUGAUGAGGCCGGAAGGUUGCAUCAGCAUGUGGACUUUGUCGUCUGCUUGGGAGGGGACGGCACGAUAUUGCAUGCGUCUUCCCUGUUCCAGAGGGCCAUUCCUCCUGUGGUGUCCUUCUCUGCCGGCUCUCUUGGGUUCCUCACAAAUCUGAGCCUGAAGAAUGUGGAGUCCGACCUGCACGCUGUCAUCUACGGCUGCGAAGAUCUGGACCAGUGCAGCCUUGGAGAAAAGAUGAGUGGGGUGCACAUAACGCUGCGCAUGCGGCUGGAGUGCCGCAUAGUGCGCCAGAACCAGAAAGACAACACGCCCCAGGAGCUGUACGAGGUGCUGAAUGAGGUGGUGGUGGACCGGGGGGCCAACCCUUACCUGGCCAAGAUCGAGUGCUGGGAGCGGGACACCCUCAUCACCAAGGUGCAAGCGGAUGGAGUGAUGUUGGCGACCCCCACGGGGAGUACAGCCUACUCGGUGGCAGCAGGAGGGUCCAUGGUGCACCCCAACGUGCCGGCCAUCCUCUUCACCCCGAUCUGCCCGCACUCCCUCUCAUUCAGGCCGGUGGUGCUGCCAGACUAUGCAGAGUUGGAGCUGCGUAUUCCCGGGGAUGCGCGCUGCCCGGCGUGGGUGUGCUUUGACGGGAAGCAGCGUCAGGAGCUGGCGCGGGGGGACUCUGUGCGCGUGCGCAUGUCGACCAACCCCGUGCCGACCAUCUCCAAGACUGACCAGACGCGCGACUGGUUCGCAUCCCUCGAGCGCUGCUUCGGCUGGAACGACCGCGCCGAGCAGAAGCCGCUCGGCUACAUCAACCGCGGCGACGGCUCAUCCUGA